CAGCUCUCCAUUACAACUUUCUCCUUGUUUCAUUCCAGUUUCUCCGAAGAUAUUUCGUAUUUCGAGUGACAUCGUUGUGAACGAAGGAAGCAAUGUUACUCUGGUGUGCCUGGCCACAGGGAAGCCAGAGCCUUCCAUUUCUUGGAGACACAUCUCUCCAUCUGCAAAACCAUUUGAGAGUGGACAGUACCUGGACAUCUAUGGAAUUACAAGAGACCAGGCUGGAGAAUAUGAAUGCAGUGCAGAAAAUGAUGUCUCAGUCCCAGAUGUGAAAAAAGUAAAAGUCACAGUAAACUUUGCCCCCACAAUUCAGGAACUUAAAUCCAGCGGUGUGAUGCUUGGAGGGAACGGACUGAUACGGUGCGAAGGUGCAGGAGUUCCUGCCCCAGUCUUUGAGUGGUACAAAGGAGAGAGGAAACUGAUCAAUGGUCAACAAGGAAUUACUAUUAAAAAUUAUAGUACAAGAUCACUUCUUACUGUUACCAAUGUCACAGAAGAGCAUUUUGGCAACUAUACAUGUGUCGCUGCCAACAAGCUAGGGACGACCAAUGCCAGCCUGCCUCUCAACCCUCCCAGUACAGCCCAGUAUGGGAUCACCGGUGACGCUGAAGUCCUCUUCUCCUGCUGGUACCUUGUGUUGACACUGUCCUCCCUCACCAGCAUAUUCUACCUGAAGAACAUCAUUCUGCACUAAGUGUAAAGACCCAUAAAAGGCUUUUAAGGAUUCUCUGAAAGUGCUGAUGACUGGAUCCAAUCUGGUAGAGUUUGUUAAAAGCAGCGUGGGAUAUAAUCAGCCGUGCUUACAUGGGGAUGAUCGCCUUCUGUAGAAUUGCUCAUUAUGUAAAUACUUUAAUUCUACUCCUUUUUUUGAUUAGCUGCAUUACCUUGUGAAGCAGUACACAUUGUCCUUUUUUAAGACGUGAAAGCUCUGAAAUUACUUUUAGAGGAUAUUAAUUGUGAUUUCAUGUUUGUAAUCUACAAGUUUUCAAAAGCAUUCAGUCAUGGUCUGCUGAGUUGCAGACUGUAGUUUACAAAAAAAAAAUAUUGCAGUAAAAAUGUGCUUCUUUAAGGCUGCAAUACAAAUAUUCAGUUCCCUUCUUAAAUAGCAUUCUAUCCACAUUUACACAGAAACAUUUUCUUUUUUGAUAAAAAAAAAAAUUCAAUAAUAUUGCCUUCAAAAUAUUUCUUCAAAAUAUUACACGUAUCUAGAUUUUCUUCUAGCAUGAUAUUCAGGUUUCAAGAAUGAGCCUUGUAUUAUAACUGCAUUGUGCAGUACUGCUUUCUGUUUUCUUUCCUUUUUCCUGCAAAUUCAGCAUGGGUGUGCCUUCAUAAAACACUACUUUCCUCUUCCUCUCCAACAAAGGUAGAAUGUGUUUUGGGAAAUGCUAAAGCAUCCUUUUGAGCAUAACAAAUCUCCAGCUGAGGACAAAGGUGCUAUUGGCUAAAAGGAAAACCUCCUCUCCCAUCUCCAGGGGGUCAUCGAACUGCUUCAGACUUAAUGUUUUUAGGCAAUCAGUCAAGGAUAGCACCAACUCCUUUUUAUGUUUUCCAUCUACCACCACUAACCAGUAGGCGAUCUCUGUAAAAACUAGUUUUCCCAUUACAAAACAGAACGCAAAUCAUUUUGAGACAUCUUUUGGAUGUAGGAAGGUUUCCCUUAGUCAUUCUAAAUCAAGAUUCCUAAAUGGCUGUAAAUGUGAGAAGCUGAAUAGUCCCUUUUGUAUUACUGGCAAAAACUAUGUGAAUUGGUAUUUUUCUUGCACUUAAUUUUGUACUGGUUUGGCUAAUUUAGCAAUGAUAAAGGAUGCUUUUAAAUAUUAGAUAUCUGAAAAUA